UUUUUAAAGUGUCGGAAAAGGACGAAGGUCCGUCGCGCGUCGCAUGACCCCGACGACAUCCUCGUGACGAUUCGCCCGAAGCUGGAAUUAAUGUUGAAAUACUUCAAUGAGAACAUAUCCCUAGCGCUCCAGGAGAGGUACAGGGACCUCCAUGAUUAUCGGAAGGCGGAAGUAGAGGACUCACCGCGGGAGGCUAAAGUACCGAAAAUAGCUGAGGAGGGUGAGACGGUCGGCGGCGAGGGCGCGUUUGAGCCGAGCGCCGCGCCGCCGUUCCCGCGCCUCCUGGAGCCACCAAAGGAAGAAGACAGUUUCGUGGCCAGCUGGCUGCACAACUCCUUCAAGAUGACGGCAGCCGAGGGCAGCGAGGCGGCUGCGGGAGGCAGUGCCUUGGACCUCCGUGCCGCGCCGCUCUCGCUUCACAUCCCGGCCAUCCAGAGCGAGGCACAGCGGUUUAAGAUGGACUUCUGGAACCGUAGCCGGCCCGCCUCACCUGUGCAGGAGCCUGCCGAUCACCAGCAGGCGGGCCCGGCACCACCUACCCCGCAGCCGCCAGUCACGCCGGACCACAAGAUCAUGGCUGAGAAACUUGUCAGUGAAAUACAGCAACAACAGCAGUCACCUUCUGCGGACUCUACAAUGAGCGAGCGGUCUCUUGUCCCAUUCGCAAUGCCGCCACAGCAUUCGCCCUCAGGAGAGCCGCCGGUCGGCGACCGCAACUCCAUGUUGCCCUUCGCAUUGGUAAAUUUCCUGAAUAGCCUCAAUAUCGAUCAACAGGCGAGAUCAGGGCAGAGCAUCAGCGAGCGAACGCUGGAAGAAUGCUGGUCGACACUUCAGCGAGUGAGUUGGCACCUGUUUCAAUGCAUCUUCAUGCACAAGAACGCAAUGCAAAUGCACGCGCGGGAGCUCCAACGGGGUCUAGGAGGCGAGGUGAAGCCUCACCAGUGCCAGCAGUGCUUGAAGUCCUUCAGCUCCAACCACCAGCUUGUCCAGCACAUCCGCGUCCACACGGGGGAGAAGCCUUACAAGUGUUCGUACUGCGACAGACGGUUCAAACAGCUCAGCCAUGUCCAACAGCACACAAGGCUGCAUACAGGCGAGCGCCCCUACAAGUGCCACCUACCAGAAUGUGGGAGAGCGUUCAUCCAGCUGUCAAACCUCCAGCAGCACCUACGCAACCACGACGCCCAGGUCGAGAGAGCCAAAAACAGACCAUUCCACUGUAACAUUUGUGGGAAAGGGUUUGCCACUGAAAGCAGCUUGCGGACCCAUACGGCCAAGGAGCUUCAGCUGCACCUUGGUGUUUUGCAGCAACACGCGGCCCUCAUGAUAGGAGGCGCCGCCGCCACUCCUUGCCCAAUAUGCCACAAAGUCGUUUUCGGUGGCGAAGCACUAGUCGAACAUAUGAAGAACACGCAUAAGGACCCAAAUGCGUCCGGCGUUGCGAGUCCACCCGCCACAUCACCGUACCCGGCGCAAGCUAAACCACCUGUUGAUCCUUAUAUAGCGAAGCGGAGAACUGCUAAUCACCCGUGUCCGGUUUGUGGGAAGCAUUACGUUAACGAAGGUUCCCUGAGAAAGCACCUGGCAUGCCAUCCUGAAACCCAGCUCACGAGUGGCCUUCGAAUGUGGCCGUGUUCUGUCUGCCAAGCAGUGUUUACACAUGAAAGUGGUCUACUGUCCCACAUGGAGCAUAUGAGAAUGGAGCCUAAACACCAGUUCGCUGCUCAAUACGUCCUCUCCAGAGCAGCGGCGGAGAGACGAGAACGAGACAUCCUCGCUGCCGUAUCAGCAUCCGCUGGGGGAUCGGGACUGCUCAACUUAGCUCCUCCAUCACCAGCGCACUCGGACUCAUCAUCCAACGGCCGGCUCUCAUCAUCAGCGGGCUCCGAAGCUGGUGCGACGGUAAAUAAACUUUCUGACUUACUCCGAUCAGCCAACAACGGUCACCAAGCGUAUGGAGAUGAAAGGGUUGCAGCUAUCGCAGCCGCAGCAGCGAACAUGAUGGCUCAACCAGGAGAAGGAGCUAAUGCUGUUCAAGUUGCAGCGGCUAAUCUAGUUACAGCUAUGCGUCAGCAGUUAGCAAGAGAACCACCCACGCAACACCCUCCUGAAACACCCCCAGCGCCGACCGAAGCAGCACUACGAAUCCAACAAGCCGAAGCUUUGCUACGAAGUCAGGCCGAAGCGUUGCGGCUAGCAGUUUCCCAAGCAGCAGCAGCCCAUAGCAAUGAAAGUCCGAGCCCCUUGAGACACAACGGAGGGUUCCCACAAGCAAAUGACGCAAGCGGGCAGCUGUCUCCAGAAUUAGUGGAGGCGUUUAGAAUCGCUCAAGAGCAACGGUUAGAACAGGCUUUGAGGUUGCACGAUCCAAGAAUGCUUGGGUUCAAUUUGCCGUCACCUGUUCAGCAAGCGGCGCAACAGGCUGUCGCUGCUCAGGCGGCUCAAGCGGCUCAAGCUCAGGCUCAAGCUGCUCAAGCCGCGCAAGCUGCUCAAGCUGCUCAGGCUGCUCAACAGGUAGUUCAGCAGCAGCAGCAAAUGCAUCAAGCUGCUCAAGCAGCGCAAGCGGCACAAGCUGCUCAACAUGCUGCCCAGCAAGCAGCGCAGCAAGCCGUUCACCUGCAGCAAAACCCUCAGCCAUGAAAAUUCAGCUAUUACUAAUCCGACGCGAUUUCGGCUCUUUAACUUUUGUUGACAAAAAUAAAAUCAAUUAUCAAACCGAGUCUAAGUUAUUAACUACUUUCGAAAUGUGGAAAAAUAAUUAUUUUCAACGGAGCGUUAAAUGAAAUCGCCUCUGGUUAGUGAUUGAGUUCGUUUUUCUUACAACAGACAUGUUUUUUAGAACGAAACAUUUAAUUUCUUUUUACGUUAUGGCCGAAUAAAUAA